UGUUUUGCUUAUUUGAUUUAGCAUGAUUCUUUUAAUCAAUGUUGUUAUUGUUGUAUAAAACUUAUUAUACUAUAUUUAUUUAAGUAACAAAAAUAAAGAAAUGGAAAAUAACCCAUAUAAAUUGUUAAUUGCUGCAACAGGGAGUGUAGCUGCAUUAAAAAUACCAAUUUUAGUGAAUAAUUUAUUGGAGUUAAAUACCAGUGAAACUCCAUAUCACUUUGAGGUUCGUCUUAUAGUUACAGAACAUGCAAAACACUUCUUUGAUGCAGCAGAAUUACCACCAAAGGUGAUUAUGUUUGAUGAUAAUUCAGAAUGGCAGGCGUGGAAUCAAAGAGGGGAUCCAGUUGUUCAUAUUGAGCUGGGCAAAUGGGCAGACAUGAUGGUUAUUGCACCACUAGAUGCUAACACAUUGGCUAAAAUGUCACAGGGGAUAUGUGAUAAUGUAUUGACUUGCACAACUCGAGCUUGGGAUCUUACGAAACCCUUAAUCUUCUGUCCAGCGAUGAACACUAGAAUGUGGCAACACCCAAUUACUUCAAAACAGAUAGCUGUAUUGAAAGAAUGGGGUCACGAAGAGAUACCACCAAUAGAAAAGACAUUAAUAUGUGGUGACACAGGAAUUGGAGCCAUGGCUGAGGUUAACACAAUUAUAGAUAGGAUAAAGGUAGUUGCAAAUAAAAAAAUCAUAUAAGACUUAGAGGAAAGUAACAUUGGUGUGGUAAAUAUAUUGAAUAUAUUUAGAACCAGUUAAAUAUACAUAUUAUAUUAUAUUACAUUGAGAAAUUCUCUGUUAUUUAUGCCAAAUGCAUUGUAUUUAUCAAUUAGGCUAGCUGGAAUGGUAUUUGCCAAAUACUGAAUGUCCAUAAUUAUUUAAUAGUACAUACUUAAGAAGAAUAUAUGUCUUUAUUUUUUAUAAUCAAGAAUAUACAGGUCUAAAAAUAUUUAUAUUUAAAAUUAUAAUAAUUAAACUCACUUGCAUAUUAAUAAAAUGAAUAUACCAGUUGCAUACAGUUUGUUAAGUGUGUCAGAUUUCAGAAAGCGACAUUUCUGAAUUCUGAACAAAGGGGUACACCCUUUGUUCAGCGACAAACUGGUAACUUGAUCAAUUAACUUGUCCUAUGAACAAAGUUAUAGUAGUAUUUGAAAUCUAUUUUUAUAACUAUAAUUAAGAAAAUUAAUAUUAGAUAUACCAAAAAAUAAUGUAUUGGCAUAAGGAUCUAAGGGUUAGUAUGCUGUGAGUUAAAGGCCCCUUUAUGGAAAGAUGUUUUAUUUCGUAAAAUACACAAAACUGAACGGUCAACUUUAUCUCGACCAAAUUGCGCGUGUCUUAACUAACUCCAAGGAACAUACUACUUAUCGUAUUGGUAUAGUUGACAUAUAAAAUAGUGAGCUAGCGGGCGGCCGGGAGUGUCAUAGAUAUUAAAUUAUGUACAUAAAUUUGUAAAAUAAAAAAACAUUGUAAAUGUAUAUUGUUUAUUGCAUCACUGAAUACUGUUUCUAACACUAGCGUACAUGCAACAUGAACAAAACUAUUAAAACCAAUUAAAAACUCUCAUAUUGUAUACAUCACAUACAAAUAACUAUACAGAAAACAUUACUAUAAACUUCUACCAAACUUAAAGGCACCUUUCCAAAUACAGAACAAUGUUCAAAUACAGAUUAAAAACAAUAAAUAUAUACAAUAUACUACAAAUACAGAUGAUUCUUCU